AUGACCCAUCGGUCUUCCAAAACCCAUCAACCCAAGACGACGACCAUCUCACGAAGACUUAGGGACCGUGCCGACCAGAACUUAUCUGUUCAGCCACCAGAAAUUCCACAAAUAAGAGGAGCUCGCUCCCACCGUGCCGCAGACUUGCCAACGCCCCGCCACAAUUCCAUUGAUUAUCAGACGCCCGGGUCGCACCCACUUUCACUAGCCUGGAAUACUUCACACGUUCUCGAAGACAUCCCACCUAACAACACCUUCCAUUUAUUGGAGUCUGACCACGACCCGUCUCGCAAUCCUUCUUUUGCGCAAGCAUUAGAUUUCUCGCAUCACGAGUCCCUUCAAGGUUCCAACUCCGAACUCGAGUCAAGUGUUAACCUUCGAGCGGCGCACAUUUCACACGACCAGCCCACACGAGCACCCGCUCUUGUCUCAUCGCCAGUAUCUUCCAUUUCUGGUAGCAACAACCUCGAGCUACAGUUGUCGGCAGACCUCGAGCAGCCGAACAGAUCGUUUCUAGAAUUGCAAGAUAUGAGCACCUUGGGCUUCAUGAUGCCAUCUUCGCAGUACGGUAUGGGUCAUUACGGCUCUUCACAGACCUCUUACUCGUCAGGCUAUCCACCGCUGCAAUCUUACGCGGAGCCAAGGUCUUCAAACUCAAAUCCAUACAGCUCAUCUUAUGCUUCAAGUCCAGUGCACAACGAAAGUCAGCAAAGAAGAACUGACCAGCACCCUAUUCUGCCGCCAUACCAGCCCCAGCACCCAUCACUUCCACGGAGUCCGUACCAGCAGCAACAGUCUACCGAUCAUUUGCGAGGCCAUGCAUCUCCUAUGGCUCCUUCGGCACAUUCUUAUACGUAUUCAGCGCCCCAUAACAGCGUCCCGGCUCAGUCACUGGGUAGUAACACCUACUCAUCCAACUACUUACGGUUCCAACGAGUAUCACCCUCUACCAACGAUGUAUCCACCAACGACCACGACACCUGCCGUGUAUCCUUCGUACGAGUCUUCGCAGAGUGCUCCACCACCCAGUGGCUCAGUACCUGCACUGUCUUCAUCGCCGAGCACGCAAGGUAA